CACCACAAUGGAAGCCCUUCCUUGACCGCCUGUCCCAUAUCCCUAGGGGCUCAGGAGCUGCUGGCCCAGGAGCCUCAAAGUUCUUGACGGUGGAGAACAGAGCUCCAAAGCGAUGAUACCAUGAAAGGGUUAACUCCGAGCUCGGGCGGCCAGGGGCGGACUCCAGAGAAGCCGGGUCGAUCCCGACCGGGAGCUCGGCUUUCAGAAGAGAGACGCCCCAGCAAGCCUCUUUAGGAGAGUUCUCCAGCUCUUCACCUCCAUGGGCCAGACAGCCUCGGUAGGGGGCGGCGGCAGCAGCACCCACACCCCGCAGGCCCUGUACCCUAACCUGUCUUGUCCCGAGGGCUUGGAGGAGCUGCUCUCGGCCCCCCCUCCUGACCUGGGGGCCCAACGGCGCCACGGCUGGAACCCCAAGGACUGCUCAGAGAACAUCGAGGUCAAGGAAGGGGGGUUGUGCUUUGAACGGCGGCCCGUGGCCCAGAGCACUGAUGGGGCCCGGGGUAAGAGGGGCUACUCGAGGGGCUUGCACGCCUGGGAGAUCAGCUGGCCCCGGGAGCAGAGAGGCACCCACGCUGUGGUGGGCGUGGCCACGGCCCUCGCGCCGCUGCAGGCUGACCACUAUGCGGCGCUGCUGGGCAGCAACAGCGAGUCGUGGGGCUGGGACCUUGGGCGCAGAAAGCUGUACCAUCAGAGCGAGGGGCCCGAGGCCCCCCGGUAUCCAGCCGGACCUCAGGGCGAGCAGCUGGAGGUGCCGGAGAGGCUGCUGGUGGUUCUGGAUAUGGAGGAGGGAACUCUGGGCUACGCUAUAGGGGGCACCUACUUGGGGCCGGCCUUCCGCGGACUGAAGGGCAGGACCCUCUAUCCAGCAGUAAGCGCUGUCUGGGGCCAGUGCCAGGUCCGCAUCAGCUACCUGGGCGAAAGGAGAGGUGAGGCCUGGGGCAGGUGUGGGGAGAGUGAGUUCUGUCACUGGGGUCUGUGGUUUGGGGACGGAAGCUCAACGCCUUACAAGAGCAGAGGGAACUGGCCUUCAUCUGACCCGCCUCCUACCCCUAUUCAGUGCCGGGAAUGGCUAAGAGUCUGCACAGCUGUUACCUAACUCAAUCUUCCUAACAGCCAUAGAGGUAAAAGUAAGGCUUGGGAAAGCAACUUGCUAGUGAGAGGUGAACCCUCAGAAUGGAGUGAAGCGCUGUGGGGAUAAGGGCUUCACAGGAGAGAUCAGCCCCUGGAGCAAGAGGUGCAAAGGGUUAGAUUUGUCCUGGGCUAGGUGUACAAGUCCCAGAGGAAGAGGACUGGCGGUGCCAGGCACCCAGGGUGUGUACCCGGCUCACUGGGCUCUGACUCUGACACGUACCUACUUCCUAACUCAGUAGAACCCCGGGAAGGAGCCAUUGAGGUCCAGGCACCUGGAAGAGCAGUGAAGGAGGCAGGGCCUUGGGGCUGAGCGGACUUAACUGUUCUGCAGUUGCCAAGUCUGCAGCAGAGGGUGGCUGCCUCUCCCCUAUAGCCCGUGGGAGCUAUUGUAGAGUGGAGGAGGGCUACCCUUCCUUUCUCCUCCUCAGCCCCAGCUCUGGGGCCUCUCUGGAUUCAAAGCCUGGGCCAGCUCCAUGGUCACAGCCGCCUCGGCCUGUUGCUUAGAGGGCCUUACUUAGAGCUUCACCCCAAGUCCGACCCGGGACGUGUGAGAUCCAUGAUGCGUCCGCCACAAUAGCAGAUGCAGAACUUCAGGGCACCUUAGACCUCCCCUGAACCGAGGUGGAAGCAGAGUUGCAGCAGGAAAACGGAAGGGACUCUGGGCAGGACCCCGUGGUUUGAGGAUGUCUGGCUGGUGGCUGCGCCCCUACUUACCUUCCCUCAUUCUCUCUCCCAGCCGAGCCACACUCCCUUCUGCACCUGAGCCGCCUGUGUGUGCGCCACGCCCUGGGGGAUACGCGGCUAGGCCACAUUUCUGCUCUGCCCUUGCCCCCCGCCAUGAAGCGCUACCUGCUCUACCGGUGACCCCUGUG